UCCUGUCUGUAUGGGGGAGGGGCCAGAGCAGCAUUUUGUGGCAGUUACACACACAGAACAGGCAGUGAGUUUUGUUUGUCAUAAACUGCCACAUGUGAAUGGCAGUGCUCCUGGCAGAGACUCUAGCCACUGGCCCCGGGAUGAAUUGGCCCCAAACUGACUGGUGACAAGAACACUAGGAGCCUGGGAAGCUGAUGUGAGGAUUGGGGGAAGAAUCUGUGGAAAAGGAAGUCCCAGGGAAUCGGGAAGUGAGAGAAGAGGAAGAGAAGCCCCAGAAGCCAAUGAUUGUGAUUGUUUGGAUAAAGACAAGAGACCAUUAGACUGUGCAACUUCUCCAACACCAGCAAAUCCUCACAUUGGAAAGAAACAUCUGUAUCAGACUCAGAAUCACCAUCAUUACAAUGAACAUUCCCAACUCCCAGAAGGAACUUCCCUCAGUAAGAAAACAAUUCAAAUGCUCAGAAUGUGGGAAAACAUUUACAAGACAAUAUAACCUUCUUAUUCAUAUGAGAAUUCACACAGGAGAGAAACCAUACAAGUGCACAGAAUGUGGGAAAAGUUUCAGGAGAACAACUACCCUUAGGAAACACCAGAGAACUCACACAGGGGGGAAACCUUACCCAUGUGCAGAAUGUGGUAAAAAUUUUACAACAAAAUCCUAUCUUAAUAAACACCUGACACUUCACACAGAGGAGAAACCAUUUAUAUGCGCAGAAUGUGGGAAAUGUUUCAGGCGAAAAAAAUCCUUAAAAAGCCACCAGAUAAUUCACACAGGAGAGAAACCUUUCACUUGCACAGAAUGUGGGAAAAGAUUUGCUAGAAAAUACCAACUUCCCAUUCACAUGAGAAGUCACACAGGAGAGAAGCCGUUUAAAUGCACAGAAUGUGGGGAAAGUUUUAGCCGAAAUUCAAACUUCAGAAGACACCAGAGGCUUCACACAAGGGAGAAACCUUUCACACCCACAGGAUGUGGGGACACAAUUACAACACAAAUCCACUUUAGUAAACUCCAUGUAAUUCACACACAGAAGAAACCAUUUAUAUGCACAGAAUGUGGGAAAAGUUUCAGCUACAGCAGUUCCCUUAAAAUUCACCAGAGAAUCCACACAGAGGAGAAACCAUUUACAUGCACAGAAUGUGGGAAAAGAUUUGCAACAAAAGUGCUCCUUUGUUAUCACCUGAGAAGUCACACAGGGGAGAAACCAUUUGUGUGCACAGAAUGUGGAAAAAGUUUCAGGUUAAUCAAUACCCUUAAAAAACACCAGAGAAUCCACACAGAGGAGAAACCAUUUACAUGCACAGAAUGUGGGAAAAGAUUUGCAAGAAAAGACAAUCUUCAUACUCACCUGGGAAUUCACACAGGAGAGAAACCAUUUGAGUGCACGGAAUGUGGGAAAUGCUUCAGGGAAAGCAGGAGCCUUAGAAUACACCAACUAAUUCACACAAGGGAGAAACCAUUCGAGUGCACAUAAUGUGGGAUACGAUUUGCAAGAGAAGAAGGUCUUCAUACUCACCUGAGAAUUCAGACGGGAGAGAAACCAUUCAGCUGCACAGAAUGUGGGAAAUGCUUCAGGUUAAAAGAAGGUCUUCAUACUCACCUGAGAAUUCAGACGGGAGAGAAACCAUUCACCUGCACAGAAUGUGGGAAAUGCUUCAGGUUAAGCCUUAGAAAACAGCAACUAAUUCACACAGGGGAGAAACCAUUUGAGUGCACAGAGUGUGGGAAAAGUUUCAGGGAAAGCAAUAACCUUCUUAUUCAUAUGAGAAUUCACACAGGAGAGAAACCAUACAAGUGCACAGAAUGUGGGAAAAGUUUCAGGAGAACAAGUACCCUUAGAAAACACCAGAGAAUUCACACAGGGGAGAAACCUUACCCAUGUGCAGAAUGUGGUAAAACAUUUACAACAAAAACCUAUCUUAAUAAUCACCUGACACUUCACACAGAGGAGAAACCAUUUAUAUGCGCAGAAUGUGGGAAAUGUUUCAGGCUAAAAAAAUCCUUGAAAAGCCACCAGAUAAUUCACACAGGGGAGAAACCAUUCCCAUGCGCAGAAUGUGGGAAAAGAUUUGCAAGAAACCCCCAACUUCAUAGUCACAUGAGAAGUCACACAGGAGAGAAGCCAUUUACAUGCACAGAAUGUGGGGAAAGUUUUAGCAAAAAUUCAAACCUCAAAAGACACCAGAGGCUUCACACACAGAAGAAACCAUUUAUAUGCACAGAAUGUGGGAAAAGUUUCAGUUACAGCAGUUCCCUUAAAAUUCACCAGAGAAUCCACACAGAGGAGAAACCAUUUACAUGCACAGAAUGUGGGAAAAGAUUUGCAACAAAAGUGCUCCUUUGUAAUCACCUGAGAAGUCACACAGGAGAGAAACCAUUUGUGUGCACAGAAUGUGGAAAAAGUUUCAGGUUAAUCAAUACCCUUAAAAAACACCAGAUAAUCCACACAGAGGAGAAACCAUUUACAUGCACAGAAUGUGGGAAAAGAUUUGCAAGAAAAGACAAUCUUCAUACUCACCUGGGAAUUCACACAGGAGAGAAACCAUUUGAGUGCACAGAAUGUGGGAUAUGCUUCAGGGAAAGCAGGAGCCUUAGAAUACACCAGAUAAUUCACACAGGGGAGAAACUAUUCAAGUGCACAGACUGUGGGAAAUUCUUCAGGGAAAACAGGACCCUUAGAAAUCACCAAAUAAUUCACACAGGGGAUAAACCAUUUGGGUGCACAGAAUGUGGGAAAUGCUUCAGGGAAAGCAGGAUCCUUAGAAAACACCAAAUAAUUCACACAGGGGAGAAACCAUUUGAGUGCACAGAAUGUGGGAUAAGAUUUGCAAGAGAAGAAGGUCUUCAUACUCACCUGAGAAUUCACACGGGAGAGAAACCAUUCAUGUGCAAAGAAUGUGGGAAAUGCUUCAGGGAAAGCAGGAGCCUUACAAAACACCAGAUAGUUCACACGGGAGAGAAACCAUUCAUGUGCACAGAAUGUGGAAAAUGUUUUAGGGACAGCAGUACCCUUCGAAAACACCAAAGAAUUCACACAGGGGAGAAACCAUUUGAGUGCACAGAAUGUGGGAAAUGCUUCACGGAAAGUGGUACCCUUAGAAAACACCAAACAAUUCACACAGGAGAGAAACCAUUUGAGUGCAGAGAAUGUGGGAACAGAUUCAGGCUAAGCAGUACCCUUAAAAAACACCAAAGAACUCACUAAUGGGAGAAACCUUUUACAUGCACAGAAUAUGGGGAAACAUUUAGGAAAUAAGUCUGCUUUGAUACAUGGGUGGAUAGGCCAUUUUUUUUAUGACUAAAGUUGGCCACAGACACAAAGAUCCGAUUGUACGUAUCAACAUACGAUCGGACUUCCGCCAUCUCCCGACCUGCCACUGACCAUUCCGAUCAAAUAAAGUAGUAAAAGAACAGA